UAAAUAAAUAAAUAAAAAUGGAUGAUAAUAAAUUAAUAUUACAACCAAAUUGGCAUAGUGAAAUAUAUCGAACAUUAACACCAAAAUUAGAUGUUACAACUUUAUAUAAAUAUUUAGAUUUUAUAGAAGUUAGUGAAGAUGGACAUGUAUUAAUUGGUUCAUCAAAUUUAACUGGUCGUCGUUGGUAUGGAUCUGUUUGGUAUUAUGAAACAUUAGAUUUAUGUUUAACAAGUAAUUUAAGCACAUAUGUAGCAAAUAAAACAAUGAACGCUGGUGUUAUCGAUGGUAGAUUUAUUAAAGCAGAUUCAACUAAAAUGAUUGUAAUUGAUGAUAGUGGUUGUAUACAAGUGUUAUCAUUACCAGAGAAUGGUGAUGAACCAGAUGAUAAACUACAAUUAUAUAAGUUAUCAGAAGAACAUGAAUCAAUAAUCAAUUCAAUUGAAUUAUUUAAAACAAAUCAAACACAUUUUAUAACAUGUUCAUCAGAUCAAUCAAUUAAAAUCUGGGAUUUAGAGUAUACACGUCUGGAAUCAAAUGAAUAUUUAAAUUCAUUUAAUACUUACAAUUCAGCACAUAAUGAUACAAUCACAUCAAUCGAUACACAUUUAACAAAUAAUAAUAUAUUUGUAUCAUGUUCAUUAGAUCAACAUGUAUUAUUAUGGGAUCAACGUUUAGGAUCAACUAGUACUGAGGGUAUCAAUAAAGAAUCAAAAUCAAUAUAUUUAAAUGAAUUUAAUGGUUUAACAAAUAUUAAAUGGUAUCCUAAUAUUGCAUAUGAUUAUCUAUUAACAUGUACAACAGAUGGAGGUGACCUCUAUACAUUAGAUAUUUUUAAUUCAACAGGUACUUUAUUAGCGAUCUGUAGUGAUAAUAAUAUUAUUAAUUGUUUAGAUACUUCAACAUUAUAUUUAAAUUUAGAUUCAACAAAUAUUAUUUAUACAGAUCAAAGUAAACAUCAUGAUUUUAUUAGAGGUUUAGCAUGGAAUACUAAUAAUACAGAUAAUGUUUUAUAUACUUGUGGAUGGGAUCAACAAGUACAUAAACAUUCUAUACAAUUAACUUGUUAGUUGUAAAUAACAUCAACAUGGACAAGUCCAACUCCUUAAUUUACAAAAAUCAUCUUUUUAUUCGAUUUAAAAACUUAUCUUUAAUUUCAAAACAUCCAUCCAUUGUUUAUCUUUUGAAAACUAUUUAAAUAGAUCUUUAAUUUCAAAUAACCAUGGUCUGAUCAAGUGUGGGAGGGGGGGUGUGUACCUUACAAAUACCUUCAAAGAAAAAACCACCAACUUGGUGUUAAAUCACAAGAUCUAGGCGAUCAAUGAACAAGAAUUUAUCCAAUUACCAAACCGUUCAAAAUUCUUCAUCAUUUUUUUGAACCGGAAUGCUUUACUUGUCACACGUCAAUCGUCUACAUGAAGCAAUAAAACUUUAAUUUUUAUUCCUCUAAGAAGGAAGUUUCCUGAAACCUGGAAGCACUCCCUUACUGUUAUGUACGUUUGGUAAUAUUAAUAUGAUCAAAAUUGGUUACAACAAUCAAAAUAAAAUGCCCCACUCGAAUGGUAACUAUGGGCUAAAGUAGUUUUACUUACCAGUCCAAUAACUUUCUGACCUACAAGAUGAAAACAUUUAUUUCCCUAUCUGAUACUAUUAAUGCUUUAUAAUAGGGAGAUAUUUGUUUGAAAAUUAGAAAAUUACUGGUCUGGUAACUGAAGGCCAUACUCAUUUCAUAAAAUAGUUACCCGACCAAUAACUUUCUAAUUUAUGGGCUCAUAAAAACAAUUACUUGCCUUUCAAGUACUACAAAUUCAUAGCAAACAAUUACUGUCAAUCUGUAAAGCAAAAGUUUUUAUUGAUCUGGUAACCAAAGGUCAUACCUAUCACUAUU